AUGCUUCCGCCCUCACCAACACCCAAAAAACGUCGUUUUCUUAUUCCUCCCUUUCUUUCUUUCAACAGGCAUAACCAAGAAAACGGAAGUUCUUCGGAAUUAUCUGUUUCCCAAUCAUUUCCGAAUUCUUCCUUAUCUCAGGUUUCUGGAUCUGUUCUCACCUCACAUCAAGAAGAAUCUCAUUCCUUGGACUCUCGACCUUCUUAUUCAAAUUCAAUUCCCCAUUCUUCGGAUCCAUCUCCCCUUUUUACAAAUCAGCCUGUAACAAUUAAGGAUCUGUUCCAGUAUACUGUAUCUAUUGAGGGAUUGGAUGACUUUAUAUUGGAUCAAAUUCUCUCUGACUCCAUUGUAUGGCAUACAGUAAAUGCGGAGGCCCGUUCAAUGACUAACAAUAUGAAAGAGAUUUUGUCAACGUGUAUGACUGCGCACCACAGCUUUUUUCGUCGAGCAAAAGCAAAUUCGCAUAUUAUUGUCGAAGGGUAUGCAAGGACAGGAAAAACAACGCUUUCUAAAACUAUUUUCCCUCAUAUGAUGUCCCGCUUAAUCGUUCACAAGCAAAAGUACCCAGAUCCAGGGAAUGUAACAUCCUUCAAGCGUUUUAGACUCUUUUUCUUCAACUGCACUCUAAUUGAUAGAAGUAGAACUACUUUCUUAGAGGAUAUUUGUGUUGGAACUUUGGGUAUGUCUCAGGUUCCACAUAUUCAACAAUUGGUCAACAAAUUGAAAAAGCAUUUUGAAGACAAAAGUGUUUUCAAUUUUAUAGUGGUUGAUGAGGUACAGGCCCUCCUUCCUUCGGAACUAGCACAGUUGAAACUCUUGCUGAAGGAUCCCACUCUGAACACAAACAUUUUUGGAAUUAUUACUGGAUCCACUCAAGCUGAGGUUGUAAGAAGAAUCGCUCUUGUUCCAAGCAACUGCUUUGCGUGGAGUGAUGCUCGUGUGAGAUACACAAUUCCUAGAUGUUGCAGUGAGAACCAACUUCAAGAGUGCCAUCACUGGUUGAAAAAAGAGUUUCCCAACGUGCAACUGGAUGAUAUCGAUUUGAUUAGGAUACAAAACCAUUUCGGAACGUUGCAUUGGAGCUUUUUGACCCAGAUUUAUGACUCCCUUGCAAAUGAGAAAACGUUCAUCAAGAGACAAUCCCUAAAUGUGGUACUACAAGACAUAACCAAUUCUUUAUUUGAGAUCUAUGAUAGAGACGUCAUGCAAACCAUUUUAUCCAUGCAACAUCCGAACGCUAUUGAGCAUUUGCUGCAAGGAAUUUUUGAAAAGAACUUCUUCGACAACCACCCUUGCGAGAGGGAGUACUUUUUCGUAAAAGACUCCAACUCUCAAAAGUUUAUUUUCAGAGACUUGAUAUUCUCAAGGUAUUUGCGUUGUAAUUACGAACACUCUGAUGGCAGAAUAAAGUACUGGAAGGGAGAGAAAUCAGGGAAACGGAUUUACAUGCUUUUGCUACCUUUCAUCGUAGCAAGUGAGCAGGCUAAAGGAAACAAUUUCUCUAAAGCAGUUAUUAAGGUUUUACAAAAACGAAUUAUUAACGAGAAAGCCUUUUUUACGUUGAUGCCGGAUCGAUGUGAAAGAAUCGACUCCUUUUCUGGAAAGAACAAAACACCAGAGGAGAAGCUUCGUAUGUUCUUGAUUUUCAUACGAAACGUUUUGAGUCAUUCGCAUAACCAGGCAGCAGCAAUUUAUGAAAUUAUUAUGGAGUUGUUCUGUAACAAUGAUGAAGAAAACUUUCAAAGUCUGGUAUUGGACAUAUCUCCUCAUGUUGAAAUUUAA